UUGCAUGGGAUGGUGUGGAUGUCCUCCUGAGUUAUGAAAGCCUCCUCAUUGCGGAUGGUCCCCUGAGUUAUGGAUGUUGGUUCCCUACCUACUACAGCAGAAAUCCAGGUCCUUGGAGGAACCAGUGGCCCCCAGAAGCAAGCUGUCCCCUCACCGGAUUUUAUCCUUCCAGUAUGUUUCUUUCCAUGAGGCAUCUUCUGAAGCCCUCAGCCUCAGUACAAUGUGGAAAUGGAUACUGACAUACAGUGCCCCAGGCUUGUCUCACCUGCCCCGCUCAUGGCUGCUCUUGUUCUUGGUCUAUUCGCUGUCUGUCACCUGCCAUGAGGUCGCCGGUGGUGGUGGCAAUAGAGACUCACUGCGCUCCACUGACUUCUCCUCCAACUCUUCUUCUGGGAGACACGUGCGAAGCUAUAACCACCUCCAAGGAGAUGUGCGCUGCAGGAAACUCUUUUCCUUCCACAAAUACUUCCUCAAGAUCGAUGACAACGGCAGGGUUAGUGGCACCAAGAAGGAUGACUGCCCUUACAGUAUAUUGGAGAUAACAUCUGUGGAUGUAGGGGUUGUGGCAGUGAAAUCCAUUAACAGCAAUUAUUAUUUAGCCAUGAACAGAAGAGGCAAAGUCUAUGGCUCUAAGGAAUUUAAUAUUGACUGUAAACUAAAAGAGAGGAUAGAGGAGAAUGGUUAUAAUACCUAUGCAUCUCUCACCUGGAAGAACAAUGAGAGACAAAUGUUUGUGGCACUAAACGGCAAAGGAACCACAAAAAGAGGACCAAAAACGAGAAGGAAAAGCACUAAUGCUCACUUUCUUCCUAUUCCUCUAUAGCUUCACAUGAAGGAUUUGCUAAAAAUGGACUAAAGACUUAUGGAGAACAUUCUAAAGGGCUUCAACACCUCGACAAGAAGAUGAAAACCUGUUGAGGAGUUCACAAGCGUGCUAAGGCUUCCAAAGGCCGUUUUUGCUAGUGCUGGGUUCCUGGGACCGGCCAGAUCGGAUAAAAUAAAAGCUAGCGCCCGUUUGAAGAAUGUUAUUUGUUGUGUGUACAAUGCUGUUUAAAGGACGUGAGACAAUCACGCAGAUGAUCUUCUGGGAAAGUUAUUUAUGGAAUACAAACUUAAAUCAAAGAUCUGCUUUGCUUAUUCAGACCCAGCAAUCCAGCGAGCAGACAGACACGCAAAGCAUUUGCUGAAAGUACUUGGGUCAAAUUGACAACAAUGAUAGAUAUUUUUUUGAAGAGACAUCCACAAGAAUGUAUGGGAUUAAGAUGUGUAAACACGUGCAAACUGUUCUAACAAAACGAAUAAUGUGGUAUUCCCAUGUAUUCUAUGUACUGCGUCCCAACCCCCACCCCACUACCUUUGUGUUCCUUUGUAAGUUAUUUAUUUAAUAGAAUGUUUAAUAUGUGUCUUCAGUGUUUAAGCUGAGUGUCUGCAUUUGUGCAUCUGUUU